AUGGGGCGCCCGGUCCCAGAACUUGAAAAGCUGCCAGCCUGGACCAUUAUUACUUCCAUCGAUCAAGUGCCCAUGCAGCCGCCCCAGUAUGCACCAAGCAGUGUCUCAGCCACGAGGGUCAGGCGACAGGGUCAGGGUUUCUGCUUCCAAGUGCCAUCCGCUUUUGCUGCGCAUUGGUGCAUGCACCUGCCCAUUGCGCUGAUUGAGGCCAUGGGCUGGUCGGUCACCUUCGGCGCCUUCCCUCCACGAGCGGUUGAUAGGCUACAAGUUUCCCUCCAACCAAAGCUUGCAGGCUUUGUGAUAUCUCCAGAGACCAUGCAAGGGCUGCUGCGUAAGCAAAGUUUCUUGGGGCAACUGUACCAACUCGCCAAAACACAGCCGCCAGGGUGCCCUAAGGUUGAGGUUGAGCUUCAGUGCCAGGCCGAGACUGUGGCGUUCACAUCCUUGCCCGCUGCAAUGACUGUGGAAACCAUCCUCAACUGCUGGCGGUCUGCCAGCCUGUUCGCUGGUUGUUGGCCGAAGGCCAGGGUUACAUCGGGCCCGUUCCCGCUCCCUGUCGAACGCAACCUGCAGACAAACGGAGCGCAGCCCCUGUUCCGCCGUAAGGGAUCCAGCCGCAUUUUGCUUUGUGUCCAUGUUGAGCAUCGAGGUGGCGGCGCUAAGGAUGACGGGGUCCAGUUGGCUAAGACGAGGAUUGCCUCACUGUUGUUGGACAGAGGAGUGAGCCUGCAUGAAACUACGGUUGUCACAGACCGCCUGUUAGACAAGCUCGGGGCCUCCAAAUGCCUGGCUCUGGUUAAGCCUACUGACCCGGCCCAGCGAUGGGAGGACCUUGCUAAGAACGCUAAGGCCGCAGGGGUUGAGUGGCCUAGUGGGGACAGCCGAGUUGCCAAAGCAGCUGCCCGAAUCCAAAAAGCCUUGCGAAAACAACGCCUUCCGGCACAGACCGUGCCAGUGGCCGCGCAAUUCCGCUUAUGCCCAGGGAUAUGGUGUGGCAUGGACGAGCAGCCGGUGCCCAUCUUGCAAAACCUUUGUCCAGGUGCAACAGGUGUUAUCCUGCAGGACGCCGCCGCAACAACCCCUGAAGACCUUGCCUUGCUAAGGACAAUGGAGUCGGAUGCUCUGUGUGUGGCGGUGUUGGGGUACGAUUGCCCAGAGCCUUCGACCUGCGGGGGAACCAUUAGUAUCUCGGCCGAGGAUGUGGAGACCGGGCGUCCACACCUCCUCGCCGGGUGCUUCCACAACGUAGGGGCCACGGAUGUGCAACCAAAGUACCAGACGCAGGCUGCAGUGACAGUUGAAGGCAUGGUGUGUUGCGCUUUCACGGUGUAUAGGGAUGAUCUCCCUGCAGAGGUCCAGUGGUCCCACUUCAUUGAAAGCCCGGUUCGCACAGCCCAGCAACAACUGCAGGCCCAAGGCGUUGAAAAGCCCUUCGUCAACCCGUGGGGCCGCACAUACCGGGCAGAUGGAAAACCGGUUGCGCCAAGCCAAGCUGACUCUUUGCAGUUCUAUGCCAAGGUGCCUGACUCCAUCCUGCGCACUGUCCUCCAGCAAAGCGGCUUUCUGUAUGGUGUACGUUGUGCCCAAAGCGUGGGGGGAUUCAAGACCCUUGCCCGGGUGGUCGGUUGUUUGGCUCGCAGGCUCUAA